AUGGCCGAUACUGCAGCUUCGGGGGCCCCCCCCCAGGGGGCCCCUCAGGGGGCCCCCCAAAGGGCUUCUCAAGGGGCCCCCCAAGGGGGCCCCCAGGGGGCCCCCCAGGGGCCCCCCGGCCCUUCUGCAGCGGUCACAAUCAACGUGAUCGGGGGCCCCCCAGAGGGUACUGCUUUGGGGGGCCCCCCGGGGGCCCCCCUGGGGGCCCCCCCGGAGGCCCCGGGGGGCCCCCCCGGGGGCCCCCAGGAGGGGGGGCCCCCCGGGGGGCCCCCCGGGGGCCCCCCAGAUACCCACGAAAGGUACUUGAAGACUCUUAAGAAACUUUUGGGACUUCGAAAAAUGAAAUUUGGACUUGAAGAAAUGAUGAAAGUGGCAGAGGCCUUGGGAAACCCUCAAGAUAAAUUCAAUGUGGUGCAUGUUGGCGGAUUUGAUGUACCUCUUCAGGGACAAACGGCAAGGGAAGCGUUUGCACCAAAGUGGCUGCUUGCCUGA